CCUUGACAAAAAAGUUUGGUUCCUCAGCUCAGAUGGUCUCUACACCACAAAAUCGGGCUAUCAUGUGGCAAGGAACAUAAUGCGAUAGAACCCUCCAGUCCCUCAUAUGACGAACAACUGGAUUGGAGAUAUUUGGUCCUUGAAAAUCUCCCCAAAAAUCAAACUCCUCAUUUGGAAAGCGCUCAAUAAUGCUCUUCCUGUUGGGGCUCAACUGCUUUCCCGGAACAUUUCUAUAGAACCUUUCUGCACCCGAUGCAGAGACUUUGAAACCAUCACUCACAUCUUAUUCAACUGCCCUUUUGCUCAGAGAGAAGUUAUUAUGAAAUCCAUCAUUGACGCAAAGGAAUGGCAAACUGCCCAGCAGAUGGGAUCCAUGCUUGGUUCUACUCCUUCCCUUUUCCCUCGGAUUCAUGAUGAGAGGACUCCUUGCAACCCAAUAUGUUUAUCCUGCAAUCCGAUGCUGCUUUCAACUUUCCCGAGCAUCGUGCGAGCCUGGGAUGGAAAAUCUUCUCCCAAGCUUCGGGAUCAUACACCAAACACUCUUCUUCUUGCAAUUAUGUGUUAUCUCCGCUAUCUCAGCCUUACAACUGGGAGCUAACUUCGUCACUCUAGAAUCAGACUGCCAAGUUUUAGUCAAGGCCAUCCUCUCGAACUCGCCCCUUGUGGAGAUUCAUGGCAUGUUAUCAGAUAUCUUCUUUAUUUCAAGUUCCCUUAGUGAUUUCAAAUGUAAGUUUAUCCCGAAAGCAGCAAACUAUGUGGCUGA